CCGCGCCCCACAGAAACACCCGAAGCCAGGCAAGGCAACCUCCCUCUGCCCCAGACACGCUCACGAGGUCCGUGCGCUCUCUCGAUCGCAUGGCCGCGCCCGCAACCAACCUCCGGCGCGCGGAGCUGUGCGCCGCCGCCGUGUCGGCCGCGGACGCGGCGUCGUGGUGGUGCGCCGUGGCGCUCGUCGCGCUCGUGCUGCUGGGCGCGCUCAGCGCGGAGACCGCGGACGAAGAUGGGGAAGGCGCCGCGGCGGCGUACUUCCGCGGCCCGCGGCUCGGCGGCGCGGCGGCCCGGCCGUGCGACGGGGUGUACGUGGUCGGGGAAGGCGAGACGCUGCACACCAUCAGCGACAAGUGCGGGGACCCGUUCAUCGUGGAGAGGAACCCGCACGUGCACGACCCCGACGACGUCUUCCCGGGGCUCGUCCUCGCGCUCCGGCCGACCAAGAACACCUAAGCUUCAGCCGUUUGACAUGGAUGCUGCUACUCCGUGUGCGCGCCGGGAUGAGCGAUAACUCGAAGAGUUCUGCUGUGCUCCCUGCGCUGCUUCUAUUCGUUGGUUGCUUGCUUUGAUCCUUUCCUUGUCAAACUGCCCAUCUUCAUCUUGAUGGAGUUUUCUAUGAGGGGAGAAAAUGGCAACUUGUAUAUAUUAAGAGGAUGAUGAGAGGUCUUUAUGAGUACAAAUUAAGUUGAA